ACACUGAGCUGCAUGGAGGAAGGUAUUUUCAGGAACUUAAUUUAUUACAUGAGAGCAGCAAAAUGGGGAAAAUAUGCCACAAGACAAAAUGGAGAUCUCCAUAUGAGUCCACUGGCUUUAUAGCUCCAUAGUAUGGGAGCAGAACAAGGAAGGAGGAAAUGAUAAAAAUGCAGCAACCAGCAAGUCACAUGAGUGUCAAUGUCAAUGCCGAAUUUGAUCCCUUCCAAACAUCUCUGUAUGUCUCACAAGGCUGUGGCACUAGCACUUGUGAAGGUGUGGAACUCAUCAGACAACUCGUUAAAGAGAAGAAGCUUGGAUGUGCUGUCCUAGGUCCCAGAUGUACUUAUGCCACAUACCAGAUGGUCUCAGUGAAGACAACAAAAAGCUUCCCUCUGAUCUCUGCAGGGAGUUUUGGGUUGUCUUGUGACUUCAAAGAAAAUUUAACCCGGAUGUUGACCCCAGCUAGGAAAGUGAGCUAUUUCUUGAUUGAUUUCUGGGGGAAAACACUGCCAUUCAAAUCAUCACCUUGGGAAUCUACUUACAUCUAUAAGGAGAAUAUCAAUAAGGAGAAUACACCGGCCCCUGAAGACUGCUUCUGGUAUAUUAAUGCCCUAGAAGCUGGAACUGAACACUUCUAUCUGUCAAUGAAAUUCAUUGAGAUCCUAAGGACCAAAGAUGAUCUGCAUAAAAUGUUGAGGAAUCCAAAUAAAAAAAGCAAUGUGAUCAUCAUGUGUGGUACCCCCAAAGACGUCAGCGAUGCCUUAAAUGAAGGAGAGGUCAAUGAGGACACUGUUAUUAUCUUGAUAGAUCUUCACAGUAACACAUAUUACGAAUCACCACCCUCACACUUUGAUGUGAUGCAGAACGUCCUCGUCCUGACUCUGGCUCCAUCGAACUAUAGUGUCAUUUCAAACUCUAGCAGGUUUCCCAUCAGUCCUGAAGAUAUGGAUGUGCUGAAAAAUGACUUCCUUCUUAGCUAUGUGGAUGCUGUCUUGCUCUUUGGACAUGCCUUGCAGAAUCUUUAUGCAAAAGAAGAAUCAUUAUCUUCUGAUGACUUCAUUGGCCAGUUCCGGAAUGUCACAUUUAAUGGUGCUCUUGGUCCCGUAACCUUGGAUCAAUAUGGAGAUAUUGAUAUCAUUUUCACCAUUCUGUACACGUCAGUGGAAACACAUACAUAUGAGCCCCUCUUGGAGUUUGACACUCAUCUGAAUGAGACAAAAGUGAAGGCAGAGAAGCCGUCUUUCAGGUGGAAAAAACACACCUUGCCAAAUGAUACUCCAUCUCCUAGCACUGGGCCACACAUUCUGACUGUAGCUGUUUUUGCACUUACUGGAACAGUGGUGCUGGUUGUGAUCAUCGCUCUGCUGGUUCUGAGCAAGUACAGAAGAGACUAUAACCUUCGGCAGAAGAGGUGGUCCCACAUACCACCCAACAAGAUCUUGCCUUUGGAAACCAAUGAAACAAGUCACAUCAGCCUGAAGAUUGAUGAAGACAAAAGGCGAGACACGGCCCAGAGGCUGCGUCAGGGCAAAUAUGACAAGAAGGUGAUAAUCUUGAAGGAUUUAAAACACAGUGAUGGGAACUUUACAGAGAAACAGAAAAUAGACCUAAACAAGCUUCUUCAGAUUGACUAUUACAACUUGACUAAGUUCUAUGGAACAGUAAAGAUGGACACUAUGAUCUAUGGAGUGAUUGAGUACUGCGAGAGAGGAUCAUUGCGGGAUGUCUUGAAUGAUAAAAUAUCCUACCCUGAUGGCACCUUCAUGGACUGGGAAUUUAAAAUUUCUGUCAUGUAUGAUAUUGCCAAGGGAAUGUCCUACCUGCAUUCAAGCAAGACAGAGGUCCACGGGCGCCUCAAAUCUACAAACUGUGUUGUGGAUAGCCGAAUGGUGGUGAAGAUCACAGAUUUUGGCUGCAAUUCUAUCCUACCACCCAGAAAAGAUCUUUGGACUGCUCCUGAACACCUCCGCGAUGGUGAAGUAUCCCAGAAAGGCGAUGUGUACAGCUAUGGAAUAAUAGCACAAGAGAUCGUGUUGCGUAGAGAGACCUUUUAUACUUUCUUUUACCGGGACCAUAAAGAGAAACUCUACAGAGUAGAAAGCGCCAAAGGAGUGAGACCAUUCCGGCCUGAUCUUUCAUUUGAGACAGCGGGAGAGAAAGAACAAGAAGUAUAUCUUCUUGUGAAAAGUUGCUGGGAGGAAGACCCAGAGAAGAGACCUGAUUUUAAGAAAAUUGAAAGUACCUUGGCUAAGAUAUUUAGUGAAACUAAUGAAAGCUAUAUGGACACUUUAAUCCGACGUCUGCAGAUGUAUUCGCGUAACCUGGAACACUUAGUAGAAGAGAGGACAGAAUUGUACAAGGCAGAGCGGGACAGAGCUGACAGGCUUAAUUUUAUGCUUCUUCCAAGGCCUGUGGUAAAGUCCUUGAAGGAAACUGGACGGGUAGAGCCAGAACUGUUUGAAGAAGUCACCAUCUAUUUCAGUGAUAUUGUGGGCUUCACAACCAUCUGUAAAUACAGCACUCCUAUGGAAGUGGUGGACAUGCUCAAUGAAAUCUACAAAAAUUUUGAUCACAUUCUUGACAAUCAUGAUGUUUACAAGGUGGAGACCAUUGGAGAUGCAUAUAUGGUAGUGAGUGGUUUACCCAAGAGGAAUGGGAACUGUCAUGCCGUGGACAUAUCCAUGAUGGCACUGGAUAUACUCAGCUUCAUGGGCUCCUUUGAACUUCAGCAUCUUCCAGGUCUUCCUGUAUGGAUUCGUAUAGGAAUUCACUCUGGUCCAUGUGCUGCUGGUGUCGUUGGGAUUAAAAUGCCUCGUUACUGCUUGUUUGGAGACACAGUAAAUACGGCUUCAAGGAUGGAGUCUACAGGUUUCCCUCUACGGAUUCAUGUAAGUGGGUCCACUAUUGCUAUCCUCAAGAGGACAGACUGCCAUUUCCAGUAUGAAGAGCGAGGAGAGACCUAUCUGAAGGGAAAAGGGACUGAGAUUACCUACUGGCUGACAGGAGUGAAGGAUCAGAAAUAUAAUCUCCCAAUGCCUCCUUCUGUGGAAAAUCAGCAGCGCUUGCAGGCUGAAUUUGCUGAGAUGAUAACAAACUCUCUGCAGAAAAGGCAAACAGAAGAAUUCCAAGUGCGAAAGAUUUCCCGUGUGGCUAGUUACCACAAAGACACUCUGGAAUAUCUACAACUGGCUACUACAAAAAUUCCCAGCACCUAUCUGUAAAUCUGGAUGUUAUGUUUCUAGUGAAUCCAUUCAUUAAUCCAGGCCAAGUUCUAGAUCAGUUACAGUUUUAGUUCUAGACUGGAGGCUGGGCAGACAAACAACAAGCAGUAGGAGAAUAGGAAGCAGUCUGCACUUGCCUUUCUUAAUCAAGAUGUCUUUCAUUAAACUAUUAAUAGUCUUAAUUAUACUCCAUUGCCUGGUCCUUGUGUGCCACAACUCUUUCCUCUGGAUUCUGCACUGGAUAAAGAACAUGACUCAAAAGUAAGCGAGCACUAAGUAUGAGAGAUCUCUUAUCCACAGUCCAUAUUUGCAGUGUUGGAGAGAACACUGGUAGGCUAAAAAGCUAAAUUUAAUUAUUUCUUUGCGUGCCUAACUACUAUCAUUAAUAAUCUGCGGAAAGAACUUGCCCUUUGCUGCAUUGACAAAAUACAAAUAAUCCAAUGCAAGAUGCUUCUUCUUGACUAGUUGGAGGUUUCUGAUACACUGCUUCCUGGAACUGGGAAGGGCAAAAUAAAAGGGUAUCCAAAUGGCUGACGACUGCACAUCCAGUUUGGUGCUCAUGGGCUAAAACAGAUACAGGGAAAGCAGGCAGCUGCCUAAUGUAGGUACCUUUUUUGCAAUAUUCAGGGUACUGAAGCCCUGGAGUUGACAUUGGUCAUAUUGGUUCCAUGUUUGCAAAGGCUGCAAUUUAGAGAUAUGUGCAGACUGCCUCACACAGAUCUUUUAUAAGCCACUUUAAACAUACGAGAAAGCAGCAGCCUAUACUUGUUUUAGAAAAGCAAGCAAGCAACCACUGAAUGUACAUCUGUCUCUGUUUAAAAUUACUGUCUGGACAUGCCUUUACUUUUGAAAUGAAAGCCAGAUGCAUUUUUAAUCUAAGCCCUUCUCUCCUGUUUAGAUGGCUUUUACUGCAAGCACUUGUUUCCUAUUAUAGAAACAGCCCAAAAUAUCGAACGUGCAUUUGUUUACUAUCUAUUUUCCUCAAUUGAUUCAUUUGAUAUGUUAUGUUUGUUUGGAAAAAAUUAAUAUCAGUGUAAAAUAAAACUUUUUGGAUAAAUUGCUGGAUAUUUUGUUGUGGUGGCUUAUAUUAUCUUGCUAAGGAUCUAGGCCAAGAAUGUGAUAAAGGCUUACAUACUGCACAUUCCUCUUCCAUUCUAAGUGAGAUGUACACAUGCUGCAGCAUUUUGCUCAAAAGCAGGUGGGCAAUGGUUGUGCAAUCAGGGGGCACCUCUGUACCUAUUAAGCACAGCAUCAUUGCUGUACCAGCACUGCUCCCAUAAUUCCCAAUGGAAGCAGCAUUGAAACAGUGAUGACAUUGUGCUUAGUACUACUACUAUGAAUAUUUCUACACCGCUCUUCAACCAAAGUCCACACACCAGUUUACUCUGUGGCACAAAGUAGGCACACAGGCGCCCCAAUGAGUGCCUGCCUGCUUUUGAGUAGAAUGCUGCAGCAUGUGUGCAUCUGGCUUAGAACAACAGGGGACUGUGUAGUGUGUAAACCAGCAAAAUUAAAUAAAAUCCUGUAUAUUGCAGAAUUCUCAGGGUUAAAUGUCCUCUUUUGGAAAAGGAAAUUAUUACACCACUUUUCAUUUGUAUAUUCCCAUUAAAUCCAUGUAGUAAACGGUG